CGUUUCGCGAAAAGCGUUUUAUUUUGAUCAUUGUUGGUAUCCGAUUACGGUAUCUUUGUUUUGAUCCGCACUUGGUGACGAUAAGAACGCCUGCAGCACGAGAUUUUUAGUAGAUUCAGCUGGUUCGAAAUGAGCGGAGCACGAGACUUAUCAAAGUUAAAUGUUGGUUUUAUAGGUGGUGGAAACAUGGCAUAUGCCAUUGCGGCAGGAUUGUUCAAAACGGGUGUUCUCAAGCCAAGCCAAGUUAUUGUGUCUGCAACUAAUCUGAAGAACCUGAAAACGCGGUGGAGUCCUUUGGGCGUUAACAGGGUCACCACAAGCAACGCACAAGUUUUGCUCGAAGCCGAAAUCAUUUUCCUCAGUGUGAAGCCACACAUCCUCCCGGUUUGCCGUCAAUCAAUCUUAGAUGAAGCGGAUUCGCUGGAAAACCUUGCGGCGCAUUGUGGAGAGAAGGUUAUGGUUUCCAUUCUGGCAGGAGUUACCCUGGAAAAGUUGAAAGACACAUUUUCCUUUUUGAAUAUCCAACAUGUGCGUACGAUGCCCAAUACCCCAAUGCAAGUAGGAGCUGGAUGUACCAUAUACUGCGGGGGAUUUGACAACAACUGUCCAGGGGUGGUACUGAGCUACUAUGAAGACAUUAAAUUUAUGCUGAAUCAGCUAGGGCAAGCGUAUGAAGUUCAAGAGGCGCAAAUUAACGGAAUUACCGGUCUGACCGGUUGUGGUCCUGCUUAUGUUUAUGAGAUUAUCGAAGCCUUAGCCGACGGUGGCGUAAAGCAGGGUAUUGCUCGUGAAAUGGCUAUCAAAAUGGCAGCCCAAACUGUGUUGGGAGCUGCAAAAACUGUGCUGGAAACUGGAAAGCAUCCAGCCGUUCUGAAAGAUGAAGUUUGUUCUCCGGGAGGCGCCACCAUCUACGGCGUUCAUGAGCUCGAAAAAGGAGCAAUGAGAGCAACGUUGAUGAAUGCGGUUGAAAAGUCUGCUGCUCGGGCAAAGGAGUUGCAGUGAAGUAUUGAAGCACAAAUCUUGUUUCGACAUGUU